GGCCACAUCCUUUCCCAGCAGAGGCAGGACAAGUCCCUGCCUACACAUUGCAGGGUGGACAUUCCUCAGGCUCCCACUGGCUGCCAAUACAUGGAGCAGAGGGAAAUCUGCUCUGUGACUUUGUACACUGGAUAACGUUUUGUAACUGGGUCUCAGGAUAUCGGGAUGAAGGUCCUUAUCUUGAUUGCUACUAGGCUGCUGCUUCUGCCAGCCACUUUUUGCCAGAGUGGUAUGAAAAAUGUUUCAGAGAACUCUGCAAAGCCAACCUUAACUGUUAAGACCUUCAAUGGAGCUCCAUCAAAUACUUUUGAAGACUUCCCACUUUCUGACAUAGAGGGCUGGACAGGAGCCACCACAACUGUAAAAAUGAAAUGCCCUGAAGGAAGCAUUUCAACUCUCCAUGUGAAUAAUGCCACCAUGGGAUACCUGAGAAGUUCCUUAAGUACCAAACUGAUACCUGCCAUCUACAUCCUGGUGUUUGUGGUUGGUGUACCAGCAAACAUUGUGACCCUGUGGAAACUCUCCUCAAGGACCAAAUCCAUCUGUCUGGUCAUCUUUCACACCAACCUGGCCAUCGCAGAUCUCCUUUUCUGUGUUACACUGCCAUUUAAGAUUGCCUACCAUCUCAAUGGGAACAACUGGAUAUUUGGAGAGGUCAUGUGCCGGAUCACUACAGUUAUUUUCUACGGCAACAUGUACUGUUCCAUUCUGAUCCUCACCUGCAUGGGCAUUAACCGCUACCUGGCCACUGUCCAUCCCUUCACAUACCGGAAGCUGCCCAAACGCAGCUUCACUUUGCUCAUGUGUGGCCUGGUGUGGGUAAUGGUUUUUUUAUAUAUGUUGCCAUUUGCCAUUCUGAAUCAGGAGUAUCAUCUUGUCCAGCCAGAGAUCACCACCUGCCAUGACGUCCACAACACAUGCGAAUCUCCAUCUUCCUUCCAAUUCUACUACUUCAUCUCCUUAGCAUUCUUUGGAUUCCUCAUUCCAUUUGUGGUCAUUGUCUACUGUUAUACAACUCUCAUCCGUAAACUUAAUGCACAGGAUCGUAAAUGGCUGAGGUAUAUCAAGGCAGUUCUCCUCAUCCUUGUGAUUUUUACAAUUUGCUUUGCUCCUACCAACAUUAUACUCGUAAUUCACCAUGCAAACUACUACUACUACAACACUGAUAGCUUGUAUUUUAUGUAUCUCAUAGCUUUAUGCCUGGGUAGCCUGAAUAGUUGUCUAGACCCAUUCCUUUAUUUUGUCAUGUCAAAAAUUGUAGAUCAGCUUACUUCUUAGUCAACAAUGGCAAGAUCAUCUUAGAGAACAAAGAAAGAUAUUAGUGAAAAUAUACAUGCUUGGGCUGACUUGUGCAUGGCACCAACAGCUCAAUUUUUAAUUUUGUUUUGUUUUGAGACAGGGUCUCACUGUGUAGUCCUUGCUAGCCCAGAACUCUCUACACCAAGUUGGCCUGGAACUCACAGAGAUCUGCCUGCCUCUGCCUCUCGAUUGCUGGGAUUAAGGGCAUGUACCACCAGGCCUGACAAGAACUCCAUUUUUAGUUCCUGUGAAAUAGGGCUUCAAACAUUAAGCAUCAUGAAAUUAUUAGGAUUAAAAAAAAAAACUUUGUCAGUAUUUUUAAGAAUGUCUUAAUCUUAAGCAAAAUUAUCAUUAUUCUCCUUAUGACAACCGACACAUCUCUAUUUGCCUUCCCGAUUCUCUGAGCUUUAAAUGUCCCCUUUCCUCCUGUGAGUGCCACCGAGCCUCCAUUUCACAGAUCAGUUCAAUCUUCCCUGUGUCUCUUUCUGAAUAUGUCAUGCAAACACUUCCCUGGAAUGGUAAACCCCAGGGCAGCUUUCAUCACCAGCUCCCUAACACCACCUGUGAAGCCAGCCAUGCCUACUGUCAAGCACCAGGCUUGCUCACUUCACCAACCCCCAUCUUUUCUCACCCUGGCCUGUUGCAUCUUUGCUUUACUCUGUCCUGCUUUUCAAGUCUUUAAAGGAUUGCUCUUCCCUUGCUCUCAAAAUCAAAGUGUCUUUUUUCUCAUCUGGAUUUCUAAAAUACUUUCUUAUAAUUAUGGCACUUCUAUACAAACAACCCUGAUAAGAUAAUUUGCACAUGAAUAUUAGUUCCAUAGGCAAGUAGGUUUUCUAUGUAGUAAGAUCACUGUUCCUGCAGGUUUCACACCUGCAGAUUCAACCAACCACAGACCAAAAACAGUUGAAAAAAAAUGAGCCGAACAUGAACAGACUUUUUUCUUUUCAUUAUUCCCUAAACAAUACAGCAUCUUUUUAUAGCAUUUGUUCUGUAUUAUUUUUUUUUGUUUUUUUGUUUUUGUUUUGUUUUUUCGAGACAGGGUUUCUCUGUGGCUUUGGAGGCUGUCCUGGAACUAGUUCUUGUAGACCAGGCUGGUCUCGAACUCACAGAGAUCUGCCUGCCUCUGCCUCUGCCUUCUGAGUGCUGGGAUUAAAGGCUUGUACCUCCACCGCCCAGCUUGUUCUGUAUUAUUCUUAUACAGCAUCUACACUGUAUUAACUAUUGGUAAGUCAUCCAGAAGUGAUGUGAGGUAUAUGAGAGGCUAUAAAGAGGUUAUAGUCAAAUAUAGAACAUUCCUACAGGGAUUUGGAAUCUGUGGAGCUUAGUGUCUGUAGGGUCUUGGAAGCCACCCAGGAGGGAUGAUGGAGAAGGUGCUGUCUGUCUUCUCUUUUCUGAGGUUCUUGCGGUCAUUCUAGGGCUAUGCACUGAGGGUCAGUUGCAUUCUUUGGAUAACAUGUGGCUGAAUAAAAGAAUAAAACCCCAAAGCAUCUAAAGGGCAUGGAGGCCUAUUAUGUCCUUACUGACAAGCCAGUAAAUCCCAUAUGACAUAAGAUGACAUCAUUUCUGAUUAGACUUAUUUAAAAAAAUGUAAGUUAAAUGGCAAUAUCCUCAUAAGGUCAUUUAUCAAUUUAAAUAAUACUUCACUUCCAGCUACUUCCAUCCCCAUUAAUUUUAGUGAAAAAUGGUAUUGAAUUAUAAGUCUCCAGAUUAUUCCUGUAGAUAAGCUUCUCUUACCUGAGGGAGCCAAUAGGAGAUAUAUCAGUGGCUAAGGGAAGUGUGCCACUAGUGACUACAAAUGGAACUGAGGGAACUUCUGAGCAUUGUUGGGAUGAAAUUAUAAUUAUGUAUAUACAUGUACCUGACAAACCCUGUUAUAAUCAACCAAACAAUAAAAACAUCUUAAGUGUGCUUUGUUGAGUUA